UCUCGACUGAGGAACCAUUUGAAGAAAAACAAACAUGUCGAUUCUGUUGAAGAGCCAGACAUGGAGGUGGAUAGUGACCAAGACUCGCGACUCCAAGCCCUUCUUUUUUACCUUCGCCACCAUCUGCGGUGUCAUUCCUGGCAUUAUCGGCUACUUCGUUAUGCAGACCACCAACUCCGGAAACCAAGAGCUUGAGGCUCAACUUCGCCGAAAAGCCCGGCCUGACACUGUGAUGAUGGGGCAAACAAAUAAAGAAAGAUUGGCAGAAUUCCUAGGGGAGCUGCAGCGGAAAGAGAACACAAACGACCGCUAUGUUGCUGCACUGAAAGGAGAAACAUUGACUAGGAAUCCAUACGUGAGAAUUCAACCAAUUCCAAAGGAGAGCACCACAGGAGCUGACAAGGAAAAGAAGUAGAUUUUAAUCUCAUCCACUACCAACAUGAAUGUUUUAUGUCUUGAAGGUAUCUGUAAGUCUCUUUAGAAGAAUGAUGCAAUGGAUGUUACUGUUUUCUGAUGCUAUGCAACGGCUGGUUGGCUGUGGUUUGUUUGAUGAAUACUUUUUUUGAUGAAGAACAAGUACUUUGUUUUCAGAUGUUUCUAUGUAAUAGUGGAUGUAGUUGUGCAGAUCAACCAUCUAUUAGUGGAAGUGGUGUCUGUAUUCAAUUGAUUUUGCAGCAAAAGGAAGUGCCAACAUGAAUAAAUGUUUCCAGCCAC